GUAUUCACAGCAGAAAGUUUCCUUCCACCUGUGGAGGCUGCAUGCUUGGAGCAUCUCUCACAUUUUACGUCCGUUUUCAGGAUCACAGAGGGAGAAAUUUGAUCCAAUUGAACCAUCCAUCAUAUAUCCGAGAACAUCUCUCCUCUUCCAGUGACCCAUUCCCUCUCUCUGCUUUGCUGUUUGCCAUUUCACUGCUAAAAAACAAUGAAUCAAUGAAAGAGAGAGGGAGGUGUGUGCAUCUCCUGCCACAGCUGUUGAGCUCCCCUCGUACGUGCUCACAUCCGGAGAGACGAGAAGAAGGAGGCGGGGAGGCAGACGUCCGUCCCAGGCUCUGCAGACUCGUGCGUAAUCUGUCUGUUCCCGGAUUCCCUUUAACUUUUCUACAGACUAUUCUCUUUUCCUUUUUCGUGCUCCGAGUGUUUGGAAUGACCAGCUUUCCUGCCUGCGUCGUUUCCAUGUCAGCAUGGGAACUGCCGCGUCCAGAAGGAGGAAUUUAAGGAACGAUGCGAUAUCUUCGGUGGCAGCAAAAGUUAGAGCAGCGCGAGCGUUUGGAGAGUACCUGUCCCACACGCACCCUGAAAACCGAAACGGAUCAGCUCAUCUUCUGUGUGAUACAUUGGUUGGUUCUGAUCCAGAGGCACCAAGUGACACAAUUGGCCCCAAGGAUAGCGAGCACCUCCCUCCUUGCGCCACCAUCAAGGGCUGUGAGGACAAACAGGAACCCAGAAUAGUAAAAGAGAAGCUGGCCUUGCUCCAGCCUCCUCCCCCAUCUGUCACCCUUUCUACCAAGCCUGAGCGCCUCUCCCUCGAACGGAGCUUUUCAACAGAGGAAGAUCAGCAGAAGUCCGUGGAGUGCACUCUGCAGCCCGCCCGCGUCUACACCAUCACCACCCAACACGGUAUGUUGAUGAGCAGCGGCAGGGGAAGCAAGGAGAGCCUGGAACUGGACGUCCUGAAGGACAAGUCGGCGAGCGGUGGGGUAGGGUCCAAAGGUGGUUCAGUCCAAGCCACCACCUCCUCUUCCUCGGCCUCUUCAUCGCCGAUCCAGUACCACUGUACAGGCAGUGGGCGUGGUGCCAGCAGCCACCAUCACCAACAUCACCAUGGAAAUCACCACCAUCAAACCCUGCACGGCACGGCUCCACCAUCAAACAGCGGAGGGAGCAGCAUUGCAACCGGAGGCAGCAACCAGCAACAGCAGAUGAGUGCUGCGGGGCCCCACUCCCAUCAUGCAUCGCAUCACCACACCCAUCACCACCAUCACUUGUCCCAUCCGCCUCUGCAGACUUCUAUCAGUGCCCACAACAUCCGCGGCUGGGGCGAGAGCGGGAAAGGGGAGGCGGAGUGCAGCGGGCUGGCUUGUGAGGCAUGCAGCAGUGCUCCCUCACGCAGCCAAGGCUCCCUGGAUCUGGAAAACACGUCCAGAGAGGCAGGCAAGCAGCACCGGCGCCUAGAGCGGAUGUGGAGUGUGGACCGGGUGACUGGGCUGGAGAGAGAAGACAGUAACUGGUUCCCAAAGGAAAACAUGUUCACCUUUCAGACAGCCACAACAACCAUGCAGGCAAUAUCGAACUUCCGGAAACAUCUUCGGAUGGUGGGCAGCAGGAGGAUUAAAGCUCAGACAUUCGCUGAGCGUAGAUCGAAGAGUUUCAACCGGUCCUGGAGUGAUCCCACCCCUAUCAAGACCGAGUCUCCUCAUGAACCCAGAGACAGUGGAGAUCUACAGACGACCUCGGGCACUGCAGAGGAAGGAGGCCUUACUGACAACAGGGGUUGGGAGGAGGAGCAAGAGCUGGAAAGACUGGCCUGUGAAGGAGAUGACUUUGUACCCCCCAAAAUUAUGCUGAUUUCCUCCAAAGUUCCCAAAGCCGAGUACAUUCCCACCAUAAUCCGCAGGGAUGAUCCAUCCAUCAUCCCCAUCCUCUAUGAUCACGAACAUGCCACUUUUGAUGACAUUUUAGAGGAAAUUGACAAGAAGCUCACAGCUUACAGAAAAGGAAGCAAAUUCUGGAGAAUGCUUAUUUUUUGCCAGGGAGGUCCUGGUCACCUGUAUUUGUUGAAGAAUAAAGUAGCAACCUUUGCUAAAGUGGAAAAAGAGGAGGAUAUGAGCCAAUUCUGGAGGAGACUCAGUCGUUUUAUGAGUAAAUUGAAUCCAGAGCCAAACAAAAUCCAUAUAAUGGGAUGCUACGUCUUGGGAAACCCCAAUGGAGAAAAGCUGUUCCAGAAACUGAAGAAUCUGAUGAGGCCUUAUUCUGUGGAGUUUGAGUCACCGCUGGAACUGUCUGCGCAGGGCAAAGAGAUGAUUGAGAUGUACUUCGACUUCCGCCUGUACCGUCUUUGGAAAACACGCCAACACUCCAAGCUCUUGGACUAUGAGGAUUUUUUGUGACAAAGGAACCUCAGCAGUGAAUUCAGCAGAACCAUCCAGUGCCACGAGGACCCUGUUACGCCUGAUCCAGUGACUGAACGUCGUUCCGGAGCUGCCAGCUCGACACAAACGGUCUCACCUGCUUUCAUCCUGGACGGGGCUGGAAGAGGAGGAAAACAGAACAAAGAAGCUGAAGAUGGAGAGCUGUGAUUCAGCUGUCAUACAGCAGGAGUCUAAAACUAGACUAGGAGAAAAAACUAAUAAAUACAUAAACAUAGAGGAAAAAAUGUGGUCAGAAUGUUUGGGAAUAACAAUCCACAUCAGAAUGCAAACAUUUGAGUUUAACAAAAAGGCAGGAUAAAAAAUAAAAACAUUCUCUAUAGAUAUACCAUUUUAGUCAUGCCUCUGUUAAUAUGUACUUUCCAAAGUGGAUGUACUUCAGAAAAAUAGCUGUAAUCGUCAUUGUCUUAAUGUGGUUUUUGUGUCUCAGACAGCAGAGACAUAAAUAACUCAUUUGUUAAAGUGUGUAUAUUUCACAUGGAUAUAUUAGCAUAGCUUUAGUCAUGCAAAGUAACGCUCUAUCAGAGUAAUUGGUUGUCUUUUAUUUUUGAUGUGCAUUGUUGUGCGGUUUCAUAAUGAAAUACUCUGGAAUAACUCAGGUUUUAGCCAUGAAGUAAACAUCACGUCUGUUCUGUCAUGACGUUUUAAAAGAACUUAGUGCCAUCGAUUUGAAUGUAUUCUCUCUGUAGAGAUUGUGUUUCAAGAGUUGUGCUUUUAUUUUGGAAGGGAGGUAUAAUAUUGUGAGUGUGUUUUUCAUAUAAAAUAGAAACCUGUUUUUUUUUUUUUUCUCUAAGCAAAAAGAACUACCGCCAGCAUUCCCUGUAUCCCUCUGUCACAUCCAUCCAUACAGCCUGACAGUGUAAUAUGAUUUAUGAUGUCAAGGGAUGUAACAGCCAUCCAAGUGCUCCUGGUGUAGCUGCCCUAAUGAUCCCUCCUACUCCUUAGGAGGUGCUUCAGGCCACCUUGCUGGUGCCUGUCAAAAGUGCUGGCUGCUUCUGCUAUCUGCCAAACACUGGUGGCUUCUCUUAAUGGCAGCCAGGAGAGUUUCUGCCACCUCUCACAAAACCAGCGUGAGGACCAGAGCUUUUGUGAACUGAGAAGAUCCGUCAAGGUGGCAGCUGAGAGCAGCUACCUGUCUCCUGUGGCAGGUGUCAGCUUGUUAAAAAGGCCACAUAUAUGCAGACGGUGUGUGUGUCUUAGACGAAGACACAACCCAAGCCACCAGAGCACUUAGAAACAGGUGAUGUACCUGCUCUGGCAGGGACAAAAAUAUAAAUCUCAAUAUGUAAAUCAGGGCAAAGAGAUCCAGAGAUGCUCCACGAGUACAACUCACUUUGUUUGGUUCAUUUAGCAAAAUUUGUCAGCUGCUCGGUUUGACUCUGGGAACGAUUUUUAGAGGAAAUGACCUGCUUUCACCUUGAAAUGGAACUAAUGUCACAGUUAUUUUUAAAUGUGAGGAAUGAUGCCAUCAAAUUGUAAAACUCAGCACAGCAGUGGGGGAUUUUUUUUAACAUCCUGUUUAAAAAAGUAACAAAUAUACUUUAAAGCAUAAACAAUCUCAAUCCUUUGGGCUCAUCUUUUGUUGCUGUUAUUUGUAUUGACUUCUGCUAAAUCUGACUGAAUCCGUGUGCCAGCUGAUGGAACAGGUUGCCUCUUGAGUGCCGUGUCAGAGUGAGCCAAAGUCCUGAAGGAGGUUUCUGAGAAGUGGUGCAACCCUUUUAAAACGCCUGGCUGCAAUGUGUGAUGUCAAAGUUAAUUGUUUGCAAGGAAACGUGUGCAAAAAGGCAAUAACUUUGUUUGGAAAAAGCUUUUUCACAAAUGAGCAUUUCUCUCUGUGCAUCCAACACACACCAGGACUAAAGUUAUUUAUGAUGAAGAUUUUUCACAUUCCUCCCUUUAUGUGUGAAUGUGUUGAUAGCUGUGCAUUUUCCGCUUUACCUUUGUCGGUGAAGUCUGGCAGUGUCACCCUGUCCAGCAGUGUUUAUGUGUUAUUUGUGCUCUGAAACUGCAGGCUAGGCCUACAGUUUGCCUGGCACAUGACACAGCCUGAGUCACACAACUCGUUUUCACCACCAAUUCAAAACUCCAGCAGUUACACAGCCUGUCGUUUCAUUGGGCCACUUCAGUUGAAGCCAAAUGGUUACGCAGCUACAUUUUCCAAGAAUUCAUCCCAAAAACCUGCUGGGUUAAAGGGAAUUAUGGGAUUUGUUUCCCCUUACUUAGUUUUCACAGCAAAAACAGCAACUAUGGGUGGAUUUUUAUUUUCCUUUUCACUAAAGUGCCACCACUGGAUAUUUACCCAGCUACAAAUGGCUCGCUUAUGCCUAAAUCAGACUGUUAGAACUCAUUUGGCAGAUCAUAAGAGUUUAAGAGAGCUCCCUGUAAUCUUCAGCAAAGGGAAAAGUUACAAUUCGUUGAAAAAUCUAAUAAAAUAAUUAAAUUUGUC